GAAAUAGGCUAAGGGAAGCUAGCUACGGGGCACAAACAGGUUGAACAUAAUAGUAGCUCUGUAACACUGAUAAAAGGUUUGCUGAUCACGAGUUGACUCCACUCCUCGUCUUUCAAGCACCACUUCAGGAUGCCUCCAAAGAAGAAAGGCGAGACAGCGCGCAAGCAGCAGGACAGAAGCUCCACGCAGGCGGCGACGGAACAAGAAGUCCAGUUACAGAAAGAAUACAAAAUUCUGACUGAAACACUCAACACUCUCAAGAUGAGGGCGGAACAACUACGUAAAGAUAAUGAGUUUCUACAGAAUGAGGCCAAUCAGACACGCAUGGAGAGUCAAGAGUACAUGUCCUACAUGGCCAAGCGGAUGCAGAAGCGUCGGAGCAUGAUCGUUACUCUGAGUGAUCAGAGUCAACAGGAGCUGCAGGAGCUCGAGAGACAGAGAGAGGAGACGCUGCAGAAAUACGAGGAGCAGGCCAACGGACUGAAGAGGAAGAUUUUGGAGAAGGAAAAUGAGCUGGCUCUGCUUAAUCUUGAGAUAGCUGAACUCAGAGAAUUUAAGAGUCUACAGCAGCAGCAGUUGGGUCGUAUAUCUGAGCUGGAGCAGGAGGUGUCAGCCAUGAGCCGUCGUCACGCUGAAUCUCUGCAGGCUCUGAAGUCUGACUUCCUGAAGGAGAAGGAGCGCUAUGAGGCCCAGGCCGAACACAAGGUGCAGGAGCUCACUCUCGCCACCAACAGGGAGGCGUCUCGCUGUCUGCUCUCUCACAUGCAGGAUGUGACUCAGGAGAACCAUCGUCUGCGUGAGGAGCUGCAGCAACUGAUCCAGAGAGCUCAUGCACUGCACAGCCACCAGGAGGCGCUGCAGACUCAGCACAGGCAGCUGCUACUGGAGAGAGAGCAUAUACAGCGCAUGCGCAACUCAACAACAGACGGGGGCAGCAACACUAAGAAGAUUAGCAACGAGCAGCUGCUACCGUCUAAAUUGGAUGUGGAAGAUGUGGCAGACUGUAAUGGGGCCUAAAAAGUAUUUCCUAUUCAUCUACUUUAACUGGUCUUAUGAUCUUCAUAUUGAACUUACUCUCUCUUAAUCAUUUAACGUGAUACUUAUGUUGCCUGUCACUAUAUAGAAAACUGAUGUGAAUUCAUUCAGCAUUAUAAGGUAUAACUAUAAUAUGUGAUAAUGAUUGGCUUAUUACACCUCAAAUAAAUCAACUUGACACAAUAAUGAUUUUGAAUUUAGUUUAUUAGUGGAGUCCAAGCUUUCACCAAGUAAGAGAGAUGACGCAUAGCUAAGAAUGGUUGCCUGUAGAAAUGUAAUGUUAUACAGAAAUAAGAGCUCUCGAAAAACUUCAAAUGAUCACCCAAAAGAAUAGAGCACUGUAAUAAGUAAUUGCUAAGUGAUGUUUUAUUGUUAAUGUUAAAUGCCAAUUCCAGUUAUAAGAGCUAAUGGUUAUCAGGGUCACCCUCAUUAGUAAGAGUCCCUCAGACACUAGCAAACUUUUAGAACUCACUUGAAUGGUACUGUAUAUUAAGGGAAAUUCAGCUUACUAGGCGAACACAUCUGGAGCUUUA